GAGGAGGAGGAGGAGGAGGAGGAGGAGGAGGAGGAGGAGGGGGAGUCAGUGACCUCAAUGACAUGCUAGAUGACCUUGUAGGCACUGUCACACCAUCUACUUACACAGUGGAGACAACUACCAAGACUUACACCACACACUCCCAACCACCAGUACACUCCCAGCCCCCCAAGGCCCAGCCUGCCCCGCCUACCCACUCUGCCCCGCCCACUCACUCUGCCCCGCCUUCCCAGCAGCAGCACCAGCAGCCAAUGAGUAGAGUGAUGACAAACAGCACCCAUGCCCCGCCCCAAGCCAGUCAGCCUCAGAUCAGUCAGCCACCUCUGAGGACCGCUUCAUCAGCUACCAAGGAACUGGAUGAUCUCAUGGCAUCACUCUCAGACUUCCAGCUGUCACCAACCGACACAGUGCCCCCUGAACCUGCCUACGCCCAGCCUCACAAAGUCACCCCACCCCCGAAGCCCGCCCACCCUGCCCCUAACAUGGUUAACAUCAACAACACUCCUGCACAGCACCCAGCCCCACCAGCUCAGCAGUACCCACCCCAGCACCCAGCACCACCUGCCCAGCACCCUGCUCCACCGGCCCAGCAGAGCUAUGCCCCUUCCCAGCCCAGUCAGCUGGAUUCUAUGUUGGGUCAUCUCAACUCUGAUGUUAGCAGGCAGGGAGUGCAGACCAUGGCUAAGGGAAUGUGUGCAGCAUGCCAGAAACCUAUAGCUGGACAGAUUGUGACAGCUUUAGGACAGACGUGGCAUUCAGAGCACUUUGUUUGCGCUCAGUGUCAGAAAGAGCUCGGUUCUCAGACGUUCUUUGAGAGAGACGGACAAGCGUUCUGUGAGGAGGACUAUCAUAACCUCUUCGCUCCUAAAUGUGCCUACUGCCAUGGACCUAUCAAGGACAGGUGUGUGACAGCUUUGGAUAAGACCUGGCAUCCAGAGCACUUCUUCUGCGCUCAGUGCGGUAAGACGUUCGGUGAGGAUGGCUUCCAUGAGAAAAACGGCCGAGCGUACUGUAAGGAGGAUUACUUUGAUAUGUUUGCACCUCGGUGCGGAGGAUGUAACAGAGCUAUCAUGGAGAACUUCAUCACAGCAUUGAAUGCACAGUGGCAUCCAGAGUGCUUCGUAUGCUCAGACUGCAGAGUACCUUUCAACGAGGGUGAUUUCUUUGAUCAUGACGGAGUCCCAUACUGUGAGAUCCACUACCAUGCUGUACGGGGCUCCCUCUGUGCCGGCUGUAACAAGCCAAUCACAGGCCGCUGCAUCACAGCCAUGCAACGCAAGUUCCAUCCGGAGCACUUUGUCUGUGACUACUGCCUGAAGCAGCUCAACAAGGGAACCUUCAAGGAACAGAACGGCAAGGCAUACUGUCAUUCAUGCUUUGUCAAGCUCUUCAACUAGAUAGCUUUGAUAGAGGGCGGUCUGUAGGGGUCACAGCUCAAGAGACCAACAGCCCAUGAGACCGACAAGAGUCUUGCAGAUCUUCUGAAAGGUUAUCUUUAGGGUCAACGAGACUGACAAUGCCCAUCUGGUGGACUUGCUGAAAAGCUCUCUGAGAGUCCACAGGACCAACAGCUCAUAAGACGGCAUAUCAGUCUUGUGGUCCUGCUGACACUUUUUAUAAAGGUUCAGGUGGGCGUUUCACAAAGCCUUUUUCAAUGACAAAUGACAAAAAUCAGUGGCAAAUCUGCUGAUAACCAAUCAGAAGCAAGGAUUUCAGUAGCUUAAAACAAAAACUGUCAUUUGUCACUGAUGACAAGUUUUGUGAAACGCCCCCUGGAGUCUAACAUUGUGAGUCUGGUGAGCUGUUGAUCUCCUGGGAUGUCCCGGUCCUAAGGUUUCCUUGGUCAUGUAUCAUACAUGGAGACUUCCCUAAGAUGUUGACUUGGGACACAUUUCACAACGCCUUUUUUAAUGACAAAUGACAACAAUCAGUGACAAAUCUGCUCAUAAACAAGGAUUUCCCUAGCGUAUAGCAAAAACUGUCAUUUGUUACUGAUGACAAGUUUUGUGAAAUGGGGCCAUGGUCUUCAUUUUUAUAUUUUGCUUGUAGAAAAGUCAGUCAGUCUACCUACAAUAGAUAGUGAAUGCUAUGAUAAAAUGAUGUCUGAAUGGUGCUUGGAGCAACUUAAGGAAUGUUUCAUUCCUCUUCAUCUACACUGGGUUGGAGAGACAAUGGAAAAUAAAUGCCUCGUCUAAUAAAACCAGGGCCCACUUUCACAGAACUUUUCAUCAGUGACAAAUGAUAAUGUGGUGAAAUUCUUUCUUCUGAUUGGUUAUCAGCUGAUUUGUCACUGAUUUUUGUCAUUUGUCAUUGAAAAAAGGGCUUUGUGAAACGGGGUCCCAGGUGUGUGCAAUUAAGUCUUACAAUAAAUUGCAUUGGAUCACUGACUUGAUUUAAUUACAAACCACAUCUUUGGGGAACUUAUCUUAAAUUUUCAGAAACGAUAGAAUAUAUACAUGUAGAUAAUUUGCUCUCAGUUGUUGUAAGAUAGGAAUUAUCAGAACACAAAAGAUCCUGAAAUUAUCUGAAUUUUGAUACAGUUGAAACAUUGUAGUCCAGGCAAAUGAUAUGUCUUCUGAUUAGUGAUACAUUUCUGUCUAUCAUUAGUAUACUUGCAAAAUAAAUGCAAGUCAUUUUAUGUUGUAAGAGAUCAUGUGUGACAUUUUAAAAAUCUAUUUCAGGAGUUGAAAUCUUUUCUCUCUGGUUGGGAGCUCGUUUCUUGAUCUUGACAAAAAAGAUGGAAUUCUUUCUCUAUUCAUUGUCACAAUUCUUUGCCUUUUUUUAUCUGUCAUAAUGUUUAUAAUGAAUGAAUGAAUGAUAUAUUACUGAAUAUUACAGUACUGUCUAAGUUAAUGUUUACAAUGAUAAAUUAUAUAUUAUGUCUUGCGCAUUGCUACAUUUUAGCAUUAUAUGACAAUGCUAAUUCAAAAACUGUAUAUAUUUUGACAUCUUUCUUUUCUUCUAUUUUAUUGAUAUGUAACAUGCUUUAUGUUAAUUGAUUUUUUUUUCUUGAUAUAGCUGCUUUCUACUUGCAUCCAUAUAUUUUUCAGUUCAAUUCUACAAAUUAUACAGAAGAGGCGAUAGAAAUGAUUGUAACAGAAUACCAAAUAUAUAGAGAGAGCUAUUUCUUCAUUUUUAUGAGUAGUAGUGUACACCGUACAUGUAUAUAGAGUGUUUGAGAACUGCAUUUGCUUUUUAUAUCCUUUUCAAGGAAAAUAUCCUCCUCACCUUCCUUCCUAUCAACACUUGUUCGCUUGUUUUCCCUCCUGUUUUUCCCUCCUGUUUUUAAAAAGAAUAAUGUACCACUGCCAUUAUUGAUGUAAUAUUAGUACAGUUCUUCCAAAAAAAAUGCACUUUUAGUUUUGAUGACCUUGUGUUGUCGGAGGUAGAAUCACGAAUCAGCGACUGGUAGUAACUACAGUUAUGAUUUGUUUACACUCAUCAUUAGGACUGGAGUGGGAAAAGACUAAACUCUGGAUAUUCACAAAGUGAAAUUUAGGUUGUUUUAUAGAGUAAAUUUUAUCUUACAUGAGAACCACUCUUACAUAACAAAUAGGGAUAGGGGAAUUACAUGUAUUUGUGAACGAAUAGUAUAAUUUAUGGAACAAACAUUCAUUUGAUACAGUAUUUCAGUAGAUGCUUUAUGAUGUUAAAUGUUCAGACUUUUAACAAUUGGGCCAUCCCCAAUAAAGAAGUCAAUUGAAAUGGAAGGAAUGUGAUUUGCUGUGCAGAUCAGUUAGACACCUUUAAUUUAGAUUAUGAAAUGUUCAUGAGAAGUUUGGUUUUAGUUACUAGGAGACUGAACAUUAGAGAUCGAUAUGAAAAGAAUUAAUUUGUUUUUUUCUUUUAAACAGAAUGAACAAAUCCAAUUAUUAAAAAAAGUUUUUGUUUGUUUGUUAAAAUUGGCUCUACACUUUCUCUAUUUUUCAUGUUACAUGAAGAACAUUAUUUCUAUACAAAAAAACCCUGAUUAAAAAACAUACGCUGAUGAGGUUUUAGGAAGUGGUUCUACUGUUUCUGUUGUGGUUACAAGUGCCUUGUAUAGAGUAAACUUGGAAAAAUAUUAUCUUCCUGUUAUUAAAUGAUUUCAUUAUUUGUCAUGCAAGUUUAAUACUCAAAAGGAAUUUUUUACAUGUCUUCAGAUUUAUCAGAACAAAAUUAUAUUUUCAUGUAAAUUCUGUUUGCAAUUGUAUUUUUUGUGUCUCUUUAGCAGUUGUACAUGUAUUAAUGGCGAAAAAAAAGAUUUACGUAUAUAAUACUUUCUGCUUUUAUGUAACUACAUGUAAUUUGGUUUAUUUCCUUUUUCUUCUUCUCUCAAUGCAAUACCUGGAAUCAGACCUAUACUCACCAUGUACGUGUAUAUGAUUAGCGUGUACAGCUAAAAGUGAUGAACUGUCUUCUUUAAAGAUAUUCUCCACUUCUGGAUAUUAACAAACACGAUACAAAAAGCUGUUUUAUUUAACAAAAACAAUAUAUAAUUAUGUAUUAAAUAUGAAUCUGCAAUUUCUAUUUCUCUGAAUUUACAGAUAUGGAAGAGUCAUUAAUUACACUGAUGCAUCAAAUCGUCCCUAUUUUCACGAAGUGACGGUAGUGAGGAAAAUCGUCACGCAAAGUGAAUGCAAUUUUUUUUCACUACCGUCACUUCGUGAAAACAGCGACGAAAUUUAUGUGGCUGUUCCAGGGCCUCACACCUUUUAUUUUCUUUUGAGGGGGUUUGGAGUCAUAUUUUGGUCUGUGUGCUCCUGAUUCUUGUUAAGAUUGGAAAUCGUUUAGAAACCUAGAG